AUGGCCUUGAUUUGUAGAUUGUUUUUGUUUAGUACAGGCAAAACUAGUUCACUGAUAAACUAUAACAAAGUCGAUUGCAGGGGAUGCCUCCGAUCUGAAUUCCAAUGCACGCUUUCUAGCUUCCUCAACUUGUUCAUUACCGCCGCCGGAAAUCAGAAUGCUCGAGCUAUUAAUACGAAGAACGAUUCUUUCCACCCGCACACAACAGUCGAGUAUAUGCUCCAUCAACCGGCAGCUAGCUGGAUAACCAUUAAACCCGAUAAUCUCCACCACUUUUAUGCUCUCAUGGCUACCUUCAACGACGUUUCGUUCUUGCAUUCCUUUAUGCCUAAACAGGGGCCGGCGAGCGUUCACCUUCAAUCGCAAUGUAUGCAACCGAGGACAAGCAUGUAUCAAAAUAUCCAAACCAUGGAUUUCAAGGUCGAAAUUUCCAAACGUUUCGACGGUCAACCGCUCGAGACGAACGAACUCUACCGCAUUCGAAAAUUGAUGGAACAUCGGGCUGAUGAUCACGGCGAGGGCAGCCAACUGACCAGCAUAGCAGGAGAUGUUGUCAAAUGCUAAACUGGAAAUGCAAGCAUCAAACCCUAUGUUUACAUCCACAAGGCUAACACAAUUCUUCAAACGCAGCUUCACCGACCGAUGACCUUCAAAUGUAAAGUGGGUGAGGCAUGGGACAUUAUCAAUCUCCAGUGACCUUAGAAAACUGCACCUCACCACUUCCAAGCGCUUCAACGCAAGUGACAACGACAACGAUGAUGAUGAUGAAGCUGUAGCAGCAGCAGCAGGAGCAGCAAUCUUUAGCUUCACUAGUUCAUCUGACUUGUACACGGCCAGUUCUUCAAGAUAGGGGCAAUUCGUGAUGAAGUGUUCAAUCGUCCUAGCCUUGACCUUAACAUGAAUCAAACGCAAGGAUCUGAGGGACUUGACAUCAGACAACCCAGAUCGUGUAACGAUGUUAUCGAGACAAUACUUCGGGAAGACAUAACUCUCGUUGUCACUGGUAGGAGUCGGUACAGGAUUGCUCGAGGAGAGCUUGAGAUACUCGAACAGAUUUGAUAUAGUGAACUUCAGCCAUUCGUGCUUAUCCCCAUCGAAGCUGUAUUGGUUGCUCAAUGUGAAUGAAACUCUGAACUUGGAACGUUUAGAGGUUGAGGAGGUUUUACCCUUGAGCUGCCUCACAACCCAACUCGCCCAUUUUUUGAACUCUCUUCUUCUCGCCGGUGACACUUUCGGGGUAUUGAAAUCCACCACCGUUAGAGCUGAUAGCCACAAAUCUACCCAUCUACGUGAGAGUAAAGAAGUCUGCACCACUUCCUUAGGCGUCAAAAGGGACAGAAUGUUCCAAAGGAUUUCAUCUGACAAGUUACUAAUCCGAUCUUCUUCUUCUUCU